AGGCAGCUGGGCAGGUAGGCGCCGCGAGCCGAGCCCCCCGCGCCCCGGGCUGCGUGGCCAUGGAGAACCAGGUGCUGACACCGCACGUCUACUGGGCUCAGCGACACCGAGAGCUGUAUCUGCGUGUGGAGCUGAGUGACGUGCAGAACCCUGCCAUCGGCGUCACGGAAAACGUGCUGCAUUUCAAAGCUCAGGGACAUGGUGCCAAAGGAGACAAUGUCUACGAAUUUCACCUGGAGUUCUUAGACCCUGUGAAGCCAGAGCCUGUGUACAAACUGACGCAGCGGCAGGUGAAUAUAACGGUACAGAAGAAGGCGAGUCAGUGGUGGGAGAGGCUCACCAAGCAGGAGAAGCGCCCACUGUUUCUGGCCCCUGACUUUGACCGCUGGCUGGAUGAGUCUGAUGCAGAAAUGGAGCUCAGAGCCAAGGAGGAAGAGCGCCUGAAUAAACUGAGGAUGGAAAGCGAAGGCUCCCCUGAAACUCUCGCAAGCAUGCGGAAAGGAUACCUGUUCAUGUAUAACCUUGUGCAAUUCCUGGGGUUCUCCUGGAUCUUUGUCAACCUGACUGUGCGCUUCUUUAUCUUGGGCAAAGAAUCCUUCUAUGACACAUUCCACACGGUGGCAGACGUGAUGUAUUUUUGCCAGAUGCUGGCAGUUGUGGAAACUGUCAAUGCAGCAAUCGGAGUCACCAGGACCCCAGUGUUGCCCUCUCUUGUGCAGGUACGGAGCAGUUGCCCUUCAGGGCGGGGAGGGAAAGGUUCCAUCUCAUAUCUAGUAGGUGUGCCACAGAUUGCUAACAAGUUUCAAUUAGUAAGAGUAUAUGCUUCUCCAGGAAUAGCAUUGCUUUUUCGGAACAAGGUAGAAAACUUUAACCCUCAGAGAAAUUUUCCAAAAAACAAAAACUCACAAAACCUGAAGUGCCUUUUAAUAUCUGAAUUCCCUGUCUUCAACAGGUACCCCUUCUACAUGCUUACUUGCAUUGACAUGGAUUGGAAAGUACUCACAUGGCUUCGCUACUCUCUGUGGAUUCCUCUUUAUCCUCUGGGAUGCUUGGCAGAAGCUGUCUCAGUGAUCCAGUCCAUUCCAGUGUUCAACGAGACAGGAAGAUUCAGUUUCACAUUGCCAUAUCCAGUCAAAAUCAAAGUUAGAUUUUCCUUUUUCCUUCAGAUUUAUCUUAUCUUAACAUUUUUAGGGUUAUACAUAAAUUUCCGUCACCUUUACAAACAGCGCAGGCGGCUCUACGGACAUAAAAAGAGAAAGAUCCACUAAGGUGGCUUUGAUGGCUUCUUACCAGUUUGAGUCUUAGCUGAUUCCUAGUUUUAUCUUCUUGUACUUAUGUAAACUUUUUUUGUUUUUUGUUAAAUGAUUAAAUCUCCAGCGAAGCUCUCUGUUCCCCAGUAACAUUUCUGAAUUUGUUGUACUCUCUUAGUGUAUGUAGUACUUGCAUGAUAUGGAUUCCUGAUAUCUGGUGGCAGGUCAGUUGGUAACAGCAAAAGGCUUGGCCCCACCCUAACCCACUUCAUGUCCCGUCAGUCAGCCCUGUGUUCUACGGCCCCGGAGGUUUAUUGUCAUCCAUACAAGGUAUUGGCCCUUCUCCGAGCUGAGAUUUGUUAUUCUUUUUUUAAAUUUUUAAUCAGUUUAUUGGGGCUCAUACAAUUCAUCACAAUACACAGAUCAACUGUGUAAAGCACACCUAUACAUGUGUUGUCCUCACUAUUCCCAAAAUUCGCUUGCCUCCUGGGAGAUUUGUUCUUGUGAAGAACAAGCAGGCUGGAGAAACGACUCGGCAGGACCUAACGUAUUGUGCACUCAGUGGGUUACUUGGCGAGUGUGGUGUGGGGGUGAAUUUCACAGUGUACUUGUGAUGACCACAUUGGACUCAGUUGCUGGUAAAAGCUUGCCGAAUCUGUGUGGGGCUGGAGAACACAGACCAGUCCUGACCUCUUUGGCACCGCUAACUUGAUCCGCUGCCACAAUAGUGCUUACCACUGGGGGGGCACUGGAGAGGGUACAAGAUGAUUCCAGAGAAACAAGUUAGAGCCAUGGAAUACCACGAUCACUUCACACUACUUUUCAACAGUAAAGAAAGAGGAAAGAUUAUUUAGAAAACAGUGAGAUUAUACAAAAAGGGCCCCAAACUGAGAAAGCUGCAGGGGUCCAUGAGCAUCACUGGGUCCAGCUGGCGGUGAGGCAGGCAAUGCAGCCAGUACAAACUGGGAGACGCUCAAGUAGGCCAGACUCUGCACGCCCAGAGAUGUCUGAGGCUGUGAACCAAACACCUUUUCCGUCAGUCUACUUCCUUUGCACUAGCUGAGCCCGUUUACGUGUGUGCCUGUCAGCGUGAGUGGUAGCCCUGCCUGCGUUUGGGGAGACCAGAAAGAUGCUCAUUUACUCUGCUACUAGAUUGGCUUUUCAUCCACCUGCGGUAGGUCGGUGCAAAGAGAACCAGAACUUCGGUUGCAGAACCACCAGGUGAUCCUUAACAAGGGUUUCUGGCAGGAAACACCAACAGGGGUGGGGGUGGUAGACACUGUGAAGUUUGUCUAUUCUAUAAUAUCGUUUUCUCCAAAACAUUCCAAGGGAACUAAACAGUUUAGUGUUGGAACACUUGUAUAACACACUUUCAGGCACGGUCGCUCUUUGGUUCUGCUAGUCUCAUUGCCCCUGGGGGAAGAGACUCCUUGACUUGUGCCGUGUACUUCUCUAAGGCCGAGGUGAGUACUUAGUGUGAUCUAAAGCAUUCCAUUAGCUUAGGCUGGCUGAUUAAGGAAAACUCCACUGCACUGAAGGAUAUCUUGCAUGCCUGUGUCUUCUGUCAACACUUCAUUGGUACUGACCUCCUUCAGCUGAGUUCCCAUGUGUCCCGAAGCAGAUCAGCUUUGCAGUAGAUUAUGCUGCAUCUUUAUGGAUGAAUCCUUUAUUUUUAGUGAUUGUUAUUAACUUUCAUUGCUGUCUGAGAAAGCAAAAGAUUGUUUGUUUCUAUUAAAAUAUUUACAAUCAAAAUCUCAAA